AUGGUGCACUUGGCGCCAGGGGUGAAGUUUUUUCAGAGAUGGCUCCCGCCUCUGAACUCGAAAACUGGUCGCGUGCAUGUGUUCUUCUUCACCUUAGUAAUUUACACGGGCUACCACCUCUCCAGGAAACCAAUUAGUAUUGUUAAAUCAGUACUUCAUGGCAAUUGUUCUGAAGAGGCUCGUAGGGAGGGGAAGAGCAUAGUCCCUGAGAACGAGACAUUCUGUGACUGGGUACCAUUUGAUGGUUUGAAUUACGACUCUCUCUUCGGAACGCUCGAUCUCAUUUUCCUUUCUUUCUAUGCUGCCAGCAUGUUCAUAAGCGGACAUAUUGCGGAUAAAAUCGAUUUGAGGAUAUACUUGUGUAUUGGUACUCUUUUGUCUGGUGUAACAACAAUUGCUUUUGGUCUUGGAUACUUCUUCAACAUUCACUCAUUUGCAUAUUAUGCAAUUGUUCAAGGUUUUGCUGGAAUAGUGCAAGCAUCUGGUUGGCCAGCUGUUGUCGCUUGUAUGGGCAAUUGGUUUGGUAAAAAUAAGCGAGGAUUUUUUAUGGGUGUUUGGACAGCUCACAGUAGUAUUGGAAAUAUUCUGGGUUCUUUAGUUGCUGGCGCUUUUGUAGAAACAGCUUGGGGAUGGUCAUUUAUUGUUCCAGGCUUAAUAAUUGGAUUUCUUAGUAUACCAAUAUACCUGUUUCUUGUACCAUAUCCUGAGUCCGUUGAAGUCCCACCUCCAAUUCAACACAAUCCAAAUGAGUAUACUUCUAUGGAUAAACCAAUCAGAGAUGAAUAUUCAUCUGAGGAAUUGCAUGUAACAAGCAGUUCACAAAGUAAUCUUUUAUUACUGAAUAAAGAUGAUUCUACAUCAUUUCUGCGUGCAUUAAAAGUACCUGGUGUUAUUGAAUACUCAUUGACCUUAUUCUUCUCAAAACUAGUUUCAUACACCUUUCUAUUUUGGUUACCGAUGUAUAUACGCGAUGCAGGUGGUUUCGAUCCAUCAUCAUCAGCAGAUUUAUCAGCUGUUUUUGAUUUAGGCGGAAUACUUGGUGGAAUUGUAGCUGGUUAUGUGUCAGAUAAUACUGGAUCAAGUGCUAUCACAUGUGUUGUUAUGCUGGCAAUAUCAAUACCUACAUUGUACUUAUACUCGAUUGUGGGCUUUCGUUCUUUGGGGCAUUGUAUAGGUUUGCUAAUACCAUUGGGUUUAUUUGUUAACGGUCCGUAUGGUUUGAUUACAACAGCAGUUUCAGCUGAUUUGGGUACUCAUCCUUCAUUGUCUUCAAACUCUCGUGCAUUGGCCACUGUAACAGGUAUCAUCGAUGGAACAGGUUCAGUUGGCGCUGCACUUGGUCCCUUAUUAUGUGGUCUAUUAAAGCCAUAUGGAUGGUCUGUUAUUAUUAUUAUGCUUAUGGUAGCUUUGGCUUUCGCAGCUAUUCUCUUGUUCCGUAUUGUAGCCAAUGAAAGUCGUCAGUGUUGCCUUCGUAAUCACCACACUUCAUCAUCAAUUACUGUUAGUGCAUAA